AUGUUUUCUUCUAUCGCACAAGAAAAGUCCUACUUCCAUGAGGAAAUUGACACUGAUAAUAACCGAGAGACAUUCUCAAGUUUCCGAAGUGGCAGCUCUUACACGAUCUCUACCGAGGAUCACGCAACUUCAAAACUCUCUAACGGCAUCCUAAGACCUGGUGCACCUGAAGAUAGCGAGUGUACCAAAGAUGACAUGGCUGUCUCUAGCAGGCCCUCGCACCAGGUUGACUACUUAUCCCAUGAUUGGCGGGAGGAGGAUAUUUGGUCCUCGUGGCGUUACGUUGUGAUGCGCCGAGGAGAUUUGUCUGACAGCGAACGGUUAGAAAAUGCUGUUUGGAGAACGUGGAUUAAGGCCAAAUAUGACCUAACAACAAUUUCUCCCGAGACGCUCAAUUGGCUCAAGGACCACGAUGUAACCUGGCUUUAUGGUCCUCUACACUCGGUACCGAAUCCCUUUGAUACCACCCAGAACGAGCUGUCCGAGGUACCAUUGCCCAAAACCGAUUCACAUGUGAAACUCGAUAGGAAGCCAAUCCUAAAGAAGCGGAGCAUGUCCGAAGAAAUACUACAACGAUCGUUAUCAACAGCUUCGAUAUCCAAGCAAGCUAGAGCUGCUGGUAAAAUGCAGGAGACCGGAGAUUGCACUCAUAUAAGCUUUUUAUCAACCGAGGAUCUCUAUCUACCAUUUUCUCGAGGUCAACUGGAUAGUGCAAGCAGCAGUGUCACUCUAGUCACAGAGUCUUCUGGAACUAUAUCCCCAAAUGGCGAGCGGAAGCGCACUCAUUUCAACGAACAAGUCGAGCAAUGCAUUGCUGUCGAAGUUGAAGGAAUCCACAAUGAUGAUAGUGAUCCAGACGAUGGCGUGAUGGUGAAGUGCAGGAAGACAAGGACGUGGCCGUUGUUUGAACGGGACACUCCAGAGUCAAAGCUAGCUGAAGGAAAAACAAUUGCCAUGCUCCCGUCCACUACUAUCAAGAAUUGGGAAGACUAUCCAGAACAAGGAGGGACGGCUAGCAAGCACUCUCGAAGCCCAUUCAUGCCCUCUUCGUCAGAGGAUAAUCAUCGACCUGCUAAGCAGACCCAAAUAUUUGUUGUCGAGGAAAGGGACCAAGACAGUGUCGACGAUGCACGGCUGAGCCCCUGCAAGAGCUGGCCACCAUCGCCCGCUGAAAAUACUACCAGCGGCCUUCCCUCGUGGCUCACUUCGAACAGUCUUUGUGAAGAGCCGGUGGGCAUGCGAAUAACUUCUUCUGGCAUGCUCAUGCCGUAUGAGGAGGAAGGAUUACCAUCGGCGGACGGCAUUCUUGGCCGUAUCAUAGAUACGGUGAAAACCGCCCGUGACAUUGCUCAUGUUAUCUGGACCUUGGGCUGGAAGAAGUGA